AUCGAAGCAAGGCGCUUUUGUUUUUCCUGCGAAAAAAAAUCUCGGAAAAGACCAAACCAAAACAAUAAUGCACUCCAAGAAGCACUUCCAGUUUCUUCACAGCAAGAUUUACGAUUUUUGAUUGUAGUUCUGUAUAUUUUUCUCGCGCGAUCUGUGGUCCUAUUGUGCUUUUUAAUCGUUAGUGUCUUCUAUAUUUCUUGGAAGCUGCCGAGAUUGCAAGGCGGAAGGGAAUUUUAUGGGAAAGGGUAAACUUGUAAGGAUGUUCCUUUUGCAGUUGAAAAGCAAAUGCGGAUUGGAAAUGACGGUGGUAUUUUCAAUAUUUACCUAUAAUCUGGGACCUUAACUAUCUAUAGCCAUAUUUUCAGGGCGAAAACACUGUUUCUGGGAACGUAAAUUCCAGAAGUGUUGACAGGGUUGAAAUUGAAGAUGGCGGCCGGGAGGCCCACCCCCCCGGCGCUGCUCCUGCUGGUUCUGAGCGUCCUGGGUCUGGACUCCUGCCCGGCUCCGUGCUCCUGUCCCCGGCCGACCAGCCCUACAAGCCCCGAUCACCUGCUGGACUGCAGCAGGAAAAGGUUAUCGGCAGUCCCGGAGAACCCGCCUGCAUGGAUCACACAGCUGAAUAUGAAUAACAAUGAACUCACCGCGAUUCCAUUCCUGGGAGAUGUGACCUACAACAUCACCGCUUUGUCACUAAUUCACAACCGUGUUGCGGAGCUGAUCCCCCAGCAGCUGCAGCCCUACCUCUCCCUGGAGUCUCUGGACCUCAGCUCCAACUCCAUCUCUGAGCUGACGGCCGCGGCCUUUCCCCCCAUGCAGCUCAAGCACCUGAACCUGAGCAAUAAUAAGAUCAGUCACCUGGAGCCUGGUUGCCUGGACAAUGUGUCUCACUCCCUGCUGGUCCUGAGGCUGAACAGAAACAGGAUCACUGUGCUGCCUCAGAAAGGCUUCAGGCUCUCUCAGCUGCACUUCCUGGAGCUGAAGAGGAACAGGAUUAAGGUGGUGGAGAGUCUGACCUUUAAAGGGCUGGACUCUCUCAGGUCACUGAAGCUGCAGAGAAACGGCCUCACCAAGCUGAUGGACGGAGCCUUCUUCGGCCUGAGCAGCAUGGAGGAGCUGGAGCUGGAGUAUAAUAAUCUGACGGAGGUGUCGAAGGGCUGGCUGUAUGGGCUGAGGGGACUUCGUUCGCUUCGUAUCGGACACAACGCCAUCGCCUCCAUCCGCCCCGACGCCUGGGAGUUCUGCCAGCGCCUGGAGGAGCUGGACCUGUCUCAGAACCAGCUCUCCCGGCUGGAGGAGCGGGCCUUCUCUGGGCUGGGCGUGCUGGAGCAGCUCAAUCUGGGGCAGAACACCAUCAGCCACCUGGGGGAGGGAGUGUUCAGUGCCCUGACCAACCUGCGCUCACUAGACAUCCGGAGUAAUGAGAUCUCCUGGGCCAUAGAAGACUCCGUGGGGGUGUUUGAUGGAAUGAAGAAGCUGAACACACUGGUGCUGCAGAGAAACGGGAUCAAAUCCAUCACCAGGAAGGCCUUCGAGGGUCUGGAGUCUCUGGAGCACCUGGACUUGAGCAGGAACGGAAUCAUGUCCGUGCACCCAGAGGCCUUCUCCAGCAUGCAGCUGAAAACACUGCUCCUGAACUCCAGCAGCCUCCUGUGUGACUGUCAGCUCCAGUGGUUGGGCGGGUGGCUGACGGGCAGCGGGUUCCAGCACUCGGUCUCCGCUGUCUGCGCCCACCCCGCCAGCCUGCUGGGCCGCCCCGUCCUGUCCGUCAGCAAGGACCAGUUCAUCUGCGAUGACUUUCCGAAGCCGCGUAUCACAGAACACCCCGAGACGCAGGUGGUUCUGCGGGGGAACAACGUGACGCUGGGUUGCCGGGCGACCAGCAGCAGUGACUCUGCCAUGACGACGGCCUGGCGGAAGGACGGGGAGGUGCUGUACGACGCCGAGGUGCACAACUUCGCCCGCUACCAGCAGGGGGAGCUGGAGUACACCUCCCUGCUGCAGCUGCUCAACGUCAACUUCACCGAGCAAGGCCGGUACCAGUGUGUGCUCUCCAACCACUUCGGCUCAAACUACUCCAGCUGGGCCCGGCUCACCGUCAACGAGUUGCCGUCGUUCCUGAAGACGCCGAUGGACCUGUCGAUCCGCGCGGGUGCGAUGGCGCGGCUGGAGUGCGCGGCGGAGGGGCACCCCGCCCCCCAGAUCGCCUGGCAGAAGGACGGCGGCACGGACUUCCCCGCCGCGCGCGAGCGCCGCAUGCACGUCAUGCCCGACGACGACAUCUUCUUCAUCGCCAACGUGAAGGCCGAGGACAUGGGCCUGUACAGCUGCACCGCCCAGAACACCGCCGGGAGCCUGUCCGCUAACGCCACGCUAACCGUGCUGGAGACGCCCUGGUUCUUGCGCCCCCUGGAGGACCGGACGGUGGCGCGCGGGGAGACGGCCGUGCUGCAGUGCAUCGCGGGCGGAAGCCCCGCCCCCCGCCUCAACUGGACCAAAGACGACGGCCCACUGGCUCUGACGGAGCGCCACUUCUUUGCGGCGGCCAAUCAACUGCUGAUCAUCGUGGAGGCGGGGCCUGCAGAUGUGGGGAAGUACACCUGCAUCAUGUCCAACACACUGGGCACGCAGCGAGGACACAUCCACCUGCGCCUCUCUCCCUCCCCCAACUGCGACGCUCCCCCCGCCUAUGAGCAGGACGGCUGGACCACCGUGGGCAUCGUCAUCAUCGUGGUGGUCUGCUGUGUGGUGGGCACCUCGCUCGUGUGGGUCAUCGUCAUAUACCACAUGCGCAGGAAGAGCGAAGACUACAGCAUCACUCACACAGAUGAGAUGAACCUCCCGGGGGACAUCCCCAGCUGCCUCUCCUCCCAGGGCACACUGUCCGAGCCCCAGGAGGGCUACAGUGGCUCUGAGGCGGGGAGCCACCAGCAGCUCAUGCCCCCACUCGGCAACGGCUGCGCCCACGCCAACAAGGGCACCGACGGUGUAUGCUUCGGGGACUCGGCCGGCAGUGAGGACUCAGAGGGGGGGGGCCUGACGGGCCGGGGGGGCUCCCUGUUCACCCCCCACAGCAGCUUCCAGCCCCCUGACCCUCGGGAGGGCCCCGGGGCCCCUACAGGUGCUGGUGGCUCAUUGGUCAUCUGCUCAGAUUGCUACGACAACGCCAACAUCUACUCGCGCACGCGGGAGUACUGCCCCUACGCAUACCUGGGGGAGGAGCCUCUGGAGAAAGGCCCACCCCCCGAGCCCGGCUCCGCCCACAACGCCGCUCCACGAGACCAGGCCGCGCGGGAGAGCCAGGACUCCGCCCACUUCCUGUCCCACGCGCACGCUGAUGGCCCCUCUCGCCCGUUUUGGGAGGAGGGCUGUUCAUCGCCGGGGCAACGGCGGUCCCAGCAGGAGGAGCGCCCCCUGGGUGUGGGGGGGCCGGGGGGGCAGGGGGGCCCAGCCAGUGAGGUGCUCCUUGGCCCCUACAGGACUAACCCCCCCCACGAGCUUCGGGGGCCCACAUAGAGACCCCCCCCAACAAACAAACCAGGCUCCUGUCCCUCUACCUGCUACUCACACACCCCCUACCUCCCUCUGCACACACACACGCACACCCGCACGCACGCACACACACACAUACACACCCCCUACCUCCCUCUGCACACACACACACGCACGCACGCACACACACACACACACACCCCCUACCUCCCUCUGCACACACACACACUCACACACACGCACACACAAAUGCACGCACACACACCCACUACCUCCCUCUGCGCACGCACGCACACACACACACACACACGCACACACACACCCACUACCUCCCUCUGCACGCACACACACACACAUACACACACAUACACACACACACGCACACACACCCACUACCUCCCUCUGCGCACGUGCACGCACACUCUCACACACACACACACACACACACACACACACCCACUACCUCCCUCUGCGCACUCACACACACACACGCACGCACGCACGCACGCACACACACACACACACGCACACUCACACACGCACACACACACACGCACACACACGCACACACACACACACACACACACACACACACAAACGCAAACGCACUCAGAGAUAGAGAGAGACCCAUCUCACUGUCUGCCAUACAAAAAAAAAAAAAGCAUUCUUCUGUGUUUACAUUCCUCCAGUGACCUUUCACCUUUGGAGUUUCUCCUUCUUUAAACACUACUUUGAGCUGGAAAAGUGUCCCCCACACCCGGACCCCACACGCUGCCCCGGACCCCACACCCUGCCCCGCACCCCACACCCUGCCCCACACCCCACACCCUGCCCCGGACCCCACACCCUGCCCCGGACCCCACACCCUGCCCCCACACCCUGCCCCGCACCCCACACCCUGCCCCCACACCCUGCCCCGCACCCCACACCCUGCCCCGUACCCCACACCCUGCCCCCACACCCUGCCCCGCACCCCACACCCUGCCCCCACACCCUGCC